AUGAGGCGUUUCUUGAGCAGGAAGGGCCGCUUCUCUCUACGCCAGAGCAAAUCUGGGACCCGGAGUGCCGCCAAAGAUUUCUACCUCGGCCUUCCAGCCACCAACCAGAACUGGCCAGAGGAGUUUGGCUUCCGGCUGGGCGGCACUGGUCCCAGCUACAUCCUGUCUGUGGUGGAGGGCAGCAGUGCCUACCUGGCAGGCCUGCAGCCCGGGGACCAGGUCGUGGACAUCGAGGGUCAGGAUGUUACCAACCUCAGCACACCGGCCCUGAUCGCUCUGGCUCAGACCCUCAAGACGGUGCCACCCAGCAUUGGAGUCGUGUCACGUAUCGAACAGAUUGACAUCUCUCCUGGCCCAGAUGGCCGUUUUGGCUUCACCAUUGUGGGAGACAGCCCCCUGAUGGUGGAGGACUGCGUGCCCAAUGCUACAGCGGGACGCAGCGGCCUCAAAGCUGGAGACUACGUCAUGGAGGUCAAUGGCAUCCCUGUCAAGCACCACGAGACAGCAGCAGCCAUGAUCAAAGCGGCUCAGGGGCGGCCACUGCGUUUGGGCGUACUCAGUAUGGCGCGGCGGCCCAAGCGGCUGAGCAGCAGCAUGAGGGUGCUGUCACAGAGCGGGGACAGCGUCAGGGAGAGUCGCGCACAUAAAGCCAUGGAAUUCAAUAAGAAGGUGGAGGAGGUGCUCGGGGAGGAGCCGGAUGUGAAGGAAAAACUAUUCGAGGUGCUGAAGCAGUAUGCUGCUGAGAGGAAUGUGGAUAACCUGGCUGAAGCUCUCCCUGAAAUCCUGAUCACAGAGGAUCAUCAACAGCUGAUCGACAAUGUCAGGAUCUUCAUUCCCAAGAAGCAUCGGGAGCGCUUUGACGAGGUGGUCUCCCAGAGCCUGAUGAGCCGGCUCAAGGGGCGGAGCUUCAGUGACCCUAGCCGUAACCGCCUUCGCCGCAGCCGGAGUGAGGAUCACCCCGAACGCCUCCUGGUCUCAACCCGUGCCAGCUCAGUGCCACGCACCCACGCAGAGGAAAGCAUGGUCCCUCCUGCCCGUGGCAUGCGCAAAACCACCUCACUCAUAGCUGGGCACUCCAGCGGCUCCACAACCAACUGCAGGACGGUGAGAGUGUGCAAAGGCAACAUGAGUUUUGGCUUCACUCUGAGAGGCCAUGCACCAGUGUGGAUCGACUCUGUAAUCCCUGGAAGCCCAGCAGACAAAGCAGGUCUAAAGCCAGGGGACCGCAUCCUUUUUCUCAAUGGACUUGACAUGAGGACCUGCUCCCAUGAGAAGGUGGUGUCCAUGCUCCAGGGCAGCGGUGCCAUGCCCACCCUGGUAGUGGAGGACGGCCCGCCAACAUUCACUCUGGCAGAGCAGGACCUGGCAGGGGGCAGCAUUCCCACAGAACGUGCCCGCUCCCCCGUGCUCAGCUCCCUGCAGUGGGUGGCAGAAAUUCUGCCCCCUAGUAUCAGGGUCCAGGGCCGCACCUUCGGACAGCAGCUGGAACACCUGCUGACCAUCCAGGAGAGGUACACCAUCUGUAAGGCCCUGGAGAACUUCUUCCAACACAGGAAUGUUGACACUCUGAUCGUGGAUGUGUUCCCGGUGCUGGACACUCCAGCCAAACAGGUGAUCUGGCAGUUUGUUUACCAGCUGCUGACUUAUGAGGAGCAGGAGCACUGCCAGAGCAAGAUCUCACGCUUCCUUGGAUUCAAAACUUCUCCAGUUCCACUACCACCACCGCCACCUCCCCCACCUCCGGAGCCUGAGAUUGUCCCUGAGCCUCAUCGUCGUAGCAGCUCCAUGAGAGUGACAGGGACCACGUACAGGAGCAGUGUGAGGGGGCGUAGUUCUGAUGACCUGGUCAUAGGCACACACUUGGGCAUGGGCGUCCGUGCAGAGACAGUGGUGGACAUGGGGAUGAGGCUGGCUCCAGGAGAGAGACAGUCGGGAGAUGGUACCUCCCUUCCUGAGACGCCUAACAACCUCACCAAUCUGUCAGCAGUGUAUGCUGAACUGGAGAACAUGUACUCGGCCAAAAGGUCCAAGUCUCUGAAGAGUCGGCCUCCUCCUGCCCCAGAGAGUUUGCUGGAUCUGGAACCUCUCUCACGUACACCUUCUCCUACCAUGCACGCCAGCACAGGUAGCCGUAAAGGCCCCCCACCUCCCACAACCUGGCCAGAGCCCCUUCCCAGCCCCCCUCCUCCCCAGUUCUAUCCCUCGGGGCUGACAAGCCAGACCAGUGGGGAGUCCAACCCCUACAUCAGCCUGGACAGCCCCCCUCCCUCGCCCCCAGAGCCCCCUGACUACCCACCUAGUCCCCCGGCCCACCGCAGCAGCAAGCGGCGUUACACAUUCUCCAAACCACCCCGCUCCGAAGACACAGAUCGCUUUCUGGAUGCACUGAGUGAGCAACUGGGACAGAGGGUGGCCAUUGUUGAUGACUUCCUGACUCCUGAGAAUGACUAUGAGGAGGAUGUUGUCCAGAUGAGCUUCCCAGAUGAGGAGGAUGAGGAGGAUGAAGAGGAGAUGGGGGUGGAUGAAGAAGAAAAUGGGGGAUUUGUGGCCCCUGAGCUCAGUAGCCCAAGUGAUGUCCAAAGCAGCAGCGGAGAGGAGAACGCUUCCUCCCUCACCUACUCUUCCUCCUCUGACCACAUUCCCCCACCACCAAUGACCCCUCCUCCACCCCCACCUGUUCAGUUCAAUGACCCGCCUCCUCCCCCUCCACCGCCUGCACAGCCUCAGCAGCAGCAACAACAGCAGACACAGAUUAGCUAUACACCUGAACACUCCCCCAGAACAUAUGUGCCCAUCCGCCGUAAAUCUGGCCCCCCUCCUCCCCCUCCACCCCGCAGCAAUCCACCACCCAAACGCCACUCACUUCAUAAAGUGAUGCCCGCCAAAGAGGACCUAGCAACCCAUGCUACUAUACAAGAGCUGAAAGCCUACCAAGAACAACAAGCUUACCAAGAAAGACAGGCCUACGAGGAGCAACAAGCAUAUAAGGAAAGGCAAGCAUAUGAGGAGCAGAAAGCCUAUGAAGAGCAACAGUUGUACCAAGAACAGCAGGCCUACCAGGAGCAACAAGCCUAUCAGGAGAAAGUCUACAAAGAGAGACAGGCUUAUGAAGAACAAAAGGCCUAUGAGGAGCAAAAAGCUUAUCAAGAGCAACAAAUGUAUCAGGAGCAACAGGCCUACCAGGAACGGCAAGCCUAUGAACAGCAGAAAGCCUACCAGGAGCAAAAAGCUUUUGAGGAACGUCAAGCCUACCAGGAGCAAAAAGCAUAUGAGGAGCGUCAAGCCUACCAGGAGCAACAAGCCUAUCAAGAACAACAGAUGCAACAGAUCUACCAGAGCCACCAGUCGGUGUCUGGCCAGUCUUCACAGCAGACAGCCCACUCACCACUCUCUUUCCAACAGAUGCAUCAGUCCCUGCCCCCACUCCCUUCUCCAGACUCUGCCCACCACCACGCUAAUCACCCUCUCUAUAAGAUGCGCCAAGCACAACAGCAACAGACGCACCAACAGAGUCAUCACCACCGGCGUCAGUCCCGUUCAGCUCCAUCUCCACACCAGCCCUCACCCCAACAGAACGCUCAUUCGAUCCAGAAGGGGCAGUACUCUGAGGGCAUCUACCAAAGCCACCAGAGCCUCAAAGCCCAGCCACACCACUCCUCAGCAGAGAUGCUACACCAGAUACACCAAGCCCAGGCCCACCACUCAUCUGCUGAGAUGCUUCAGCAGAUACACCAAGCCCAGGCACACCACUCUUCAGCUGAGAUGCUUCACCAAAUGCACCAAGCCCAGGCCCACUCAUCAUCUGAGAUGCUCCACCAAAUGCACAAGAAGCAGGCCCACCAUUCUUCUACAGAGCUUCUGCACCAAGCCCACCAGAUGCACCAAAGGCAGCCUCACCACUCCUCCAAUGAGCUCCUCCAUCAGGCUCACCAAAUGCAUCGUGGACAACCCCACCAUUCCUCCUCAGAGCUACUUCAUCAAAUACACAAAGCCCAAGCCCACUACUCCUCAACCGAGCUGCUCCAUCAAGCCCAUCAGAUGCACCAAGGUAAGCCCCACCACUCCUCCACAGAGCUUCUACACCAAGCCCUCCAAGAGCCGGCCUCUCUCCCGGCUCAACCAGUUCCGUUCACCCGGGAGUCCCAGUCAUUACAUCAGACCCGGAGAAGUCUCAAAAGUCAUCAUCAGACCCAAGUAUCACCUCAAGGGAGACAAGAGCAACACAUGCACCAAGCCCACCAACCCCAGCCAACCAAACCCUCUCCCCAGAGACCCCACUCAAUCCAUCAGACGCACCACCACUCCAGCACACCUCAGAUCCAUCACAUCCACCACAUGACCCCACAGCCACCUCCACAGGACUUCCAGCACCAUAUCCACCUCAUCCACCCUCCUCAGCAGCCCCAUAGGCCGCAGCCCCUUCUCUCCACUUUUCAGCCCCUCCAGCCCCAACAGCCCACCCUCUCCACUUUCCAGCCCCUUCCUCAACACCACCAAUCCCAGCACCAGCACCAGGUGCAGCCCUCUACCCAAGCUACCCGUCCACAGUCCCAGCCCUCCCACCACCUGCUCCAGUCUCAACAUCAGCCCCAGUCCCACCAUAAGCAAUCCCACAGUCCAAGUCAACCCCAGUCCCUCCCCCACUCUUUAUCAGACCCCACAGAGCACCUGGAGCUCCCACCUCCACCACCUCCCUUGCCCCCACCCUGUUCCCCUCCACCAUUGCCCAGGCCUUCCCUCCCCAGGAUGGACUCCAACCACAUGAGUGUGAAGAGGUUACGCUGGGAACAGGUGGAGAACUCUGAAGGCACUAUCUGGGGGCAGUUGGGGGCAAAUUCUGACUAUGAAAAACUGAAUGACAUGGUGAAGUAUCUGGAUCUAGAGCUACACUUUGGGACACAGAAGACCCCUGUAUCUGUUCCAGAGCCAUCCCCUCAGCCAGAGACAUUCAAAAAGAAGGACGUGAUUGAAAUCCUGUCUCAUAAGAAAGCUUACAAUGCCUCCAUCCUGAUAGCCCACCUGAAGCUGUCUCCUGGGGAGCUGCGUCAGGUGCUGAUGACCAUGGCUACUGAUAGACUGGAGCCAUCUCAUAUCAAACAGCUGCUGCUAUACGCCCCUGAUGCAGAGGAGGUCAAACAGUAUGAAGAGUACAGACAAGACCCCAGCAAACUCAGCGAAGUUGACCAGUUUGUAUUGCAGAUGUUGUCAGUGCCAGAGUACAAGACCCGUCUUCAGAGCCUUCACUUCAAGUGUUCUCUACAGGAGAAAACAGAGGAGUUGAGGGGAGGGUAUGACUGUAUCUACAAAGCCUCCUUGGAGCUGAAGACCAGCAAGAAGCUGGCGAAGAUACUAGAGUUUGUUUUGGCAAUGGGGAACUAUUUGAAUAAUGGCCAGCCGAAAACUAAUAAGACAACAGGCUUCAAGAUCAACUUCCUUACUGAGCUCAGCACUACUAAAACAGUGGAUGGGAAGUCGACGUUUCUGCAUAUUCUGGUCAAGUCAUUAUGCCAACACUUUCCUGAUGUCUUGGAUUUUUCCAGAGAUCUAACCAUGGUUCCCCUUGCAGCCAAAGUGAACCAAAGGACUAUCACGUCAGAUCUGAACGACCUCCACACAACCAUCCAGGAGAUUAGGUCAGCCUGUCAGAAGAUGCCUGCUACUGCUGAGGACCGUUUUGCGGCUGUCAUGAGUAACUUCCUGGAAAAUAGCCACCCGGCAAUCCAGUCUCUGGAGUCCCUCCAACAGAGGGCCAUGGAAGAAUUCAACAAGACUGCCUCUUACUUUGGAGAGGACAGCAAAGCUACCAACACAGAGGCCUUCUUUGGCAUCUUCGCUGAGUUCAUGAGCAAGUUUGAGAGAGCUCUCAGUGAGCAACAGGCUGCAGAUAUCCCCAAGAGUCCCAGGAGUCCACGAAUGUCCUCCCCACUGGCCUGGUAACACACACAUACACACAAAGGUGACUUUACACAUGUACACAGACUCAUAUAUGUAUGCAUAUGCAUGCACAUGCACAAGAACGUGCAUGC